GCUGCUGCAGAGGGAGAUGAACGCAAAGCGGAAGUGAGAGGAAAAAGGACUGUUUCACAAAGUAAACCAAACUUUGACAAAGCUUUUUUGGGGGCUGAUAUCGCACCGGCAGUCCGUGAUGAGAGCAGACACGGUCCACACACAGACCCGCCGUGUUUAACCCUCGUCUAAACCGACUCAGUGAGAUGGGACUCCCUACUCUGGAAUUCAGUGAUUCUUUCCUGGAUAGUCCGGAUUUCAGAGAGCGCCUGAAAUGCCAUGAAUUCGAGUUGGAGAGGACGAAUAAAUUCAUCAAAGAUCUGAUCAAAGAUGGGAAUAUGCUGAUCACGGCGUUUAAGAACCUCUCCGCCGCGGUCCAGAAGUUCUCCCAGUCUCUGCAGGAGUUCCAGUUCGAGUGCAUAGGUGACGCCGAAACUGAUGACGAGGUGAACAUCGCCCAGUCGUUCAAGGAGUUCUCCCAGCUCUUGAACACAGUGGAAGAGGAGCGAAGACGACUGAUCCAGAACGCCGACGACGUGCUCAUCACGCCGUUGGAGAAGUUCCGAAAGGAGCAGAUUGGAGCUGCCAAGGCAAGACCCCGCCCACUCACGUGCACAUCCAACCCCGCGCCCCUAUGUUGACUCCACCCCCGCCCCCAUGGUGCAGGAUGUGGAUGCUGUAGAUGUAACUACCCAACACGUGGAACCACCACCGUACUCGCCUCUUUAAAUGGGACCACGUUGG